UUAACAAUUAACAAGUUGUCGAAUCUGCAAUAUUUAUUGCAGUGAAAUUUAAAUUUAUAAAAUAAUAUUGUUCAAGUUGUAGAUCGCAUUUAUUAGGAAUUAAAAGUUUUAUCCAAAGAAUAUAUCGAAAAUUUGAGACACAAUGGCAGAAUUGUUAUUAGAUCCAAAAAUUAGGCUAUGGGUGUUUCUACCCAUCGUAGUAAUUACUUUCUUGGUUGGUAUUGUUAGGCAUUAUGUAUCUAUUAUUCUUUCAUCGCAAAAGAAAAUAGAGCUAUUGCAAGUGCAGGACAGUCAAGUAAUGAUUCGAGCCCGUUUGUUGCGUGAGAAUGGGAAGUAUCUACCAAAGCAGUCGUUCGCGAUGCGCCGGCACUGGUUCAAUAAUGAAGAUACUGGUUAUUUCAAAGUUCAGAAGCGGACAUCUAAUGCUCAGAAUCCCAUGACCGACCCAGGCAUGAUGACAGACAUGUUGAAAGGCAAUGUGACAAAUGUACUGCCCAUGAUUGUUAUUGGAGGCUGGAUUAAUUGGAUGUUCAGUGGUUUCCUUACCACCAAGGUACCAUUCCCCUUGACUCUCCGAUUCAAGCCCAUGUUGCAGCGAGGUGUAGAACUAGCGUAUCUUGAUGCAUCCUGGGUGUCAUCCGCGUCAUGGUACUUCUUAAAUGUGUUCGGUUUGAGGACUAUUUAUGCUCUGGUGCUUGGAGAGAAUAAUGCUGCUGAUCAAUCUAAAGUGAUGCAAGAACAGAUGUCAGGAGCAGCUAUGGCCAUGCCCCCAGACCCGAAAGCCGCUUUCAAAGCUGAGUGGGAGGCUCUGGAGAUCACAGAACACCGAUGGGCACUUGCUAAUGCAGAGAGUGACCUGCUGGCUAAGGCUGAAGAAACAGUGCAAUAGUUUUGUCUACUGAAAGUAACGAAUAUAAGGAUAAAAAUUGUCUAUUUUACAGUAUAUUCAUGUCUUAGUUCUUGUAAGAUGUAAAAAUAAUAUAAAUUACCACCUUGUUCGCUCGCAUCAGGGGUCAAAACUCGAAAAUGAAUAAUGAUGUGUGUGUGAUUUUGAAAUAAAAUAGUCAAUAAUUUUUUCUGUAUAUUCUGUUCAUUAAAAUUGAAACGAAAGGAUGAAAGCACUGUAUCUUUAAUUAUCAAGGGUAUUUAGGGUCAACUCACACCAAAAGAGCGGCGAAGGGCAGCGAAGCGGAGCGCAGUUUCCGUGUCAUAUGAAUUUUUACUUUAUUGUGAUAACUAUAAAACUUAUUAUCGCCUGAGAAACUCGAACGAGUCGUGGGGAUGCCCGCGGCGCCGCAGGAAUUCCACGGAAUUCCUGCUGCUCGAGUUUCUCAGGCGAUAAUAAGUUUUAUAGUUAUCACAAUAAAGUAAAAAUUCAUAUGACACGGAAACUGCGCUCCGCUUCGCUGCCCUUCGCCGCUCUUUUGGUGUGAGUUGACCCUUAUAGUAAAUCUAAAUGAAGGUUAAAUAUGCUACUCUGUUUCACUGGUGUUAAAUUAUUUUAAAAUAAUAUUUUACUUUUCUUGUAUACAUACUGUUUUGAAGUUGAAAUCUGUGAAGGUUAUUUAUUUGUCGUAGUUAAAUGUAUUUUAUAAGGACAUUAAAUAAUGGUAUUUA